AGCUAAUCGUGAAUUUUUCCAGAUAUCCUGACAUAAAUAAAGCUGCCGUGUCACAGACUUACAGGCUCUUAUAGGUCACUACUUAGUUAUCGACAUCGACCCUUACAACAGACGUCUUUCUCUCGAAGUCUGAAAGACAGGAACAGCUCCAAUUGCAAGGAGCAUAUCUGGAGGGCGAAAAUUAGGCAUGCAUAUACUGCCAUCCCGAAUAACCAGCACAUUCACGGCUACCCUGGGGUUAUUCUCGCUAACUCUUAUAUACAUCUGCUACAAUGCAGCAAACGAUGUUCGUCUAACAGUGUCUCCACAAGGAUGUCGGAUGUCAUGGAUGUCUCCAUCUUACCUCCUCCAACAUGAAUUCAACACGUCAUGGACGCCGUUGGCACGCCGGUAUUCACUCUGGCUAUACCGUGAGGUAGGAUGGGAGCCCAACCAGGUCAUGGGUGUACCAGUUCUGUUCAUUCCCGGAAACGCUGGGUCAUCGCACCAAGUCCGAUCCAUUGCGUCCUCUGCUGCGAGGCAAUAUCUUUCGUCGCCGUUCGUCGUCUCCAGUGACUUUACUGGUCGUGGAAUUCAAUCACUGGAUUUUUUUGCUGUGGAGUUUAACGAAGACCUUUCGGCGUUCCAUGGACCCACCCUUGAGUCGCAGAUUGAAUAUUCUUCUGCGGCAAUACGUUACAUCCUCUCGCACUACCCCCCUAAUACCCGAAUUAUCGUGAUGGGUCAUUCGAUGGGCGGCAUCGUGGGGACCGCUCUUCUCCCGUCUGACGAUAUAUCUGCAUUGAUAACUAUGUCCACUCCCCACACACUACCGCCCGCACGCUUUGACGCUCGUGUAGAUGAAAUAUACCAACGAAACGCCGAAUUUUUGGUAAACGGCCCGACGCCCAUCGUCUCGAUAUGCGGAGGAGCAACAGAUAUGAUGAUUCCUUCUGAGUCCUGCAUUCUACCAGAUCCCGGAGAUGUAAAUGCGGGAAAUACUAUAUACCGUCGCACAGUCUUCACAUCUGCGCUGGAGGGUGCAUGGACUGGGGUUGGACAUCGUGAAAUGGUAUGGUGUCAUCAGGUGCGAUGGCGGAUUGCUCGCGCCGCUCUCGAGCUUGGAGGAGCAAAAUCCAAUGUAGACAUGACAGUUAUACUGGACACGUGGCUUGAUAGAGAUGGUCGUCGUCUUCCUCCUGCAAAUGGCGUAGAUAUUCCCGAGGCAGCAACCUACGAGGCUCUCCCUGAGGAUAUGAAUCUCGUCUUGAAAAAACCCACUGGAUCUCGCAUGUACCUCCUCCCAAUACGACAUACUAUCGAAACCAACGCGACAUUUUUCUUGUUUGUAUCACGAGGCAGCAUACCGCCCAUUGCACCCCAGCACCCGACUCAACUUCAGGCAUCGCCUUAUUUCUGCGUUGGACGUGCGACAUCGCCAACAAUACAACAAUCUUCAGAGUCACUGUCGUGUGUACCGCUCGAGCCCAGUACACUGAAGCUCUUGCCGAGUCCUAUACCGGGGAAGCCUUUCCCAAUACCAGAUGAAGGGUCCGAUGAGAGCGAGGGCGUAGUUCUUUUCGAGGCUACAAUACCACGCACACCUAUGGAUGUGGAAGAUGCUUGGAUCGGUGUCAAUGUGAAUGCCGCCGGCGAAGAUGGCUGGGUUUUUGGAGGAUUUGACAAGACUCGGACUCUUCAAAGCAAUAUCACUGUCUUUGACAUCCUUGCUGGUGGUGCAAAGCUUUCCCUGCAACCUGCAGAGCACAGUGUGGUGCGAAGACACAUCACCUUCCCAAAGUUGCUCUCGAAUGCGCUCUUGAUAUACAAACUCACUCCAAGAUCAGUCGAUCCCACAGCGUCUUGCGCGCAGCCCCUGCUUCCCCCGCUUUUGGUGCACAAGUCUCAUCCAGCAGAAACUCAUUACUAUCGCCUGGAACAUACCAAGCCGAUCGCCCUCCACACACAUGCAUCAGCGCCAUAUAUACCCCUCUCAAGGUUUUCUCCGUCUUAUAGUACAGAGCUCUGGAUAUACUCGUCCGGCACUGGUUGUCAAGAUAUCAACGAAUUUACUUUGACUGUCGACUGGUGGGCGACCAUCGGGAGGAUUGCCACAAGGUAUCCCACCGCCCUGAUAAGCUGGAGCGUAGGUGUGGUUGCGUUUUUAAUGUUCUAUGCAUGGCGCGAGAGCGGGAAGGGCUCAAUGCCGAGUGUACAUCAGUCAUUAGCCGUCUUCAUCUGUCGCCCCAUGCCCAAACUACUUGCUGCAUCCUUCGUUGUAGCCCUGUUGCCAUUGAGCCCUGAUUACUACUUAGGAACCCGAGGGGAACCUUUUCUCGGACUCCUUGCACCAGUCCUUUUGGUUGUCGCCACAGGUCUGGUGUCUGUCAGCUGGUGGUGCAUAUUGCUUCUCAUGUGGCCUUUACGACUCCUCACCCGAUUGCUGCCAGCGAAUAGAAGGCGAUACGAUGACCUGGGCAUGCCACGAAGCACUGUCGCCUCUAUGAUUUUCAUCUCUCUUCUGGUGAUCAUGUUUGUCCCAUGGCAAAUUGCGUUUAUCGGAUGCUGCCCUACCCUGGCUCUGCGCCUUCUCUCCGAAGUACACCCACCGAAUCGCUGCCUCUGCGCGAGCGCGUCAGCGGCCGCGAGCAGGACACGCAGGACACUGAAACCAACGAAAGAGAGCCUUCCAAAGAACCUGAAAUUCAGGAUGUGCGCCGGGAUCAAGGCGUUCGCCGCCACCGCCGACACACUGGAUGCCAACCAAUCUUAUCACGAGAACACGCAUAUCCUGCUGCUCAUGACAUGGCUUUUGCCCCUGUCAAUGCCUGUGCUUGCCGUCUGGGUGCGCACAUUGAUGACCGCGGGGUAUACGGCCCCGUUCAACGGCGACCAUAAUGUCUUCAAGGUUGCGCCGUUCCUUGUGCUCGUUGAUUGCACAAGUCGGAGAAAAGGCACUCUAUUGUCGCACGGAAAUGUGGGAUCAUAUCUUCACUGGGGAUACCUCAUCGUCGCCUGCGUGUCAUUCUUGCUCGGCUCCCGAGAGGCAUAUAGGGUGUUCGAUGUUGCAAGUUUGUACAUCGCGUGCGCGUUAGUCGCAAGAUUCAGCCCUGUCCGUUUCAUUAGACGCAUUGCCGCAUAAUGGUUCAAGUAUUUUCCUAGAAGGGGGAAUAAACACCGUCUCUUGCGUUGAUACGGCUAAAUAUCGUCAUCCUUCACAGCUCUGGUGCCUGGGCAACAUGAUUGACUUCGAGAGGCUAUUUCAUGUGCACUUGUGCAGAUUUUCGCUUCUUCCUCCGCUUACAUACUAGUGAGUAGCCCUAUUGAAUCAUGGGCUCUCUUACGACUAUAACCUAUGAUGUACACGGACGGAAAUGGCACGACCAUCCUCUUCUCGCAUGAGCUGUCUCAUAUGAUUUGACCCACCGAAGCCUGACACGUUGCAAGAACCGUGAUGUGAGAACCUCUCCUGGACCGUCAUCAUAAUUCAAUAAACUCGCAUUG